UAUUUUGAGAGAGAGAGAGAGAGAGAGAGAGAGGAGCAUGAGAAGGGGAGGGGCAGGGAGAGAGGGAGACACCUGCUGCCAGCACAGAGCUCGAUGUGGGGCUCGAUCCAAGGAACCAUGAGAUCAUGACCUGAGCGGAAAUCAAGAGUUAGAUACUUAACCAACUGAGCCACCCAACCCCCUAUGCCAUCAAUUUUUAAAUUGCAAUUGGUGAGAAUUUAGAAGGUCUAUUUAUAUUUUUUCCCAUUAUCAGAUAACUCUGUAUACCUCCCCUGUUAUUUCCUUAGGAUACAUUUUCAGAAGACUUACUAUGUCCAGCCUUUUUACAUGUGGCAAAUUUCUCCUAUCAUGCAAGGUCUAUAUUACAGUAGACUACAUCUUCUGACUAUUUUUCUUACCAGGACCAAAACAAUGAAGGUAGUAGAUAAAAUUGAGAUUAUCACCAUUGUAUUUCUAAUUGGUAAUGAAUUUUGUGUUAGGGAUAAGGUGGGAGCAGCAUUAGAACUUUAAAUUAUCUCAAAAAAAAAAAAAAACUAACACAACAAGGAAGCAGGAAGUGGGGAAUGCAGAAUUAUUGUUUAAUUGGUUAUAGAGUUUCAAUUUUGUAAAAUAAAAGAAUUCUGGUAAUGGAUGGUGGUAAUGGUUGCACAACAAUAUUAAUGUACAUAAUACCAUUAAACUAUACAUUUAAAAAUGGUUAAGUUAGUAAAUUUUACAUUAUAUGUCUUUUACCACAAAAAAAGAAAUUGGGGGGAGAAAAUGACUAAGCAAAUGAAAAAGAUCACCACUACUUGUGUUGCAGAGGAGCUCAUUUGGAAAAAGGAAAUAGGCCUUCCGUAUUCCAUGACAUGGUUCUGAUAUUAUGGUAGAUGAGGCUAUAAUCAUAAUUAACAUUUAUAUGGUACUUUACAGUUUACAGGUGCUUUUGUACACAUAAUUUCAUUGACAUAACAGCCUCACGAAGUAGUUGAUUAUCAUCAUUUUGUAUAUGAGAACUCUGACACAGCUCAAAUAACUGCCCAAGGUGAUAUAGUUGGCAAAGAGCAGAAGCAAAACAUCAUUCCAGGGCCGCACCCCCUUGUUUAAACUGUCUCCCGUGAAAUACACUACCAAGAUGGCGGCAAGGCUACUGUGCUGGCAAAACUAUCAAGUGUUUUCAUUUGACAAGUCAAAUGUGUCAUUUGUAACUGAAAAGAGCAAACCUUUAAAUAGCACUUAAAAGACUUAGCUUAGAAACACUUCUUUCUGUAACAGCUUUGGAUAAGUAAUCAAUAAAACAGUAAUUUUACUAAUAUUCAUAACAAAUAAUACUCCCCACUGUUGAACCCUUAUUUCAUGUUUUUGGCACUUUUGGAUAUUGAGUUAAGUUUUUAAAUUCUCCCUCUCUAAUAUAUUUAUCAUCCUAAAGGGGAACACAUGCAACAUCACCAGGUAUCAGUGUGGCCAGGCAAGGUCAUAGGGAGAGGAACUGAGCCCACAAUAAUUUAGAGUCAACAGUUUUUCUCUUCACUAUCUCCCAUCCAAUUAAAUACAAAAAGAAAUGUUACAUUUUUCCAAAUUAAAUAUUAGCAUAAACAUAGAUUUUUUAAAUGUAGAUACUCCCUUGCUCCCUAAAUUUUCUUCGCCUAUUUUUUGGGUGCAGGAUCUGAUCAAAGAUUAACAAGCUGUUAUUGGCUCUUAUAUCUAUCCAAUAUCAUCUUCAAUUUUGAUAGAUGAUUCCUCCAACUUUUCAAGAUUUCUUAGAGUUUUGUCUUUGAUGAUUCCUGAAUAAUUUAAUCUAACAAGCAGGUAGUUUUGGUAAACAGAAAUCUGAUCUGUGAGAUUUAUUUUGCCUGUGAGCCCAUUUGUCUUUGGAAUUAAAAGUAUCAAUAGAUAUCAUGAACAUUUCUUGUUCUCAUAUAUUGACGAACCUCAUGCCUUUAAUACACUUUUUAUGGACCUGCUCUGUGCCUAGUUCUACAAAACUAAAUAAGACAUGGUUCCAUGGAACUCUCAUUAUAUUAAUAAAUAGAAAAACUAACACAUACUAUUAAUUAAAAUGAAAUAGAGUAAGUGCAAUACUAUAAGUAUAUGCACAUACUCUGGGGUCACAGAAGUAUUAUAUUUGCUCCUAUGAGUAAGAGAAAGCUUCACAAAGGAAGAAUCAUCAGAGUUGGGACUAAAAGGAUGAACAAUUUUUCUUAAAGAAAGGGAUGGGAAGGUUUAUGCACAUAUAUUAUUUUGUCCCUUGUUUUAUGAUUAGAUAUUUUUCUUCGAUUAUAGUAUGAAAUCACACAAUAUCAUAUACUCUGACUGUAACAUUACAAACAUCUUUAGGGGCACCUGGAUGGCUCAGUCAGUUGAGUCCAACUUUCGCUCAGGUCAUGAUCUCGCAGUUAGUGAGUUCAAAUCCCCUGGCAGGCUCUGCUGUCAGAGCAGAGCCCGCUUUGGAUCCUCUGUCUCCCUGUCUCUCUCUGCCCCUCCCUUGCUCUCUCUCUCUCAAAAAUCAAUAAACAUUAAAAACAUCUUUAGAUUUCAUAGCAUUCUCUGUAAAUUCACCAAACUAUCAUCGUUCACUGCACCUGCCAUUGAGUAGAAUUCAUUGUUGAUCAAUAAACAUUAAGCUUAAUUGUGAAGCUCCUUGAUUAAUUUACCACUGCACUGGUAGUGUGAGGAUGCCCAGCUGCAGGGGACACCAUUUAUAUGAACACUUCCCUUGGGGUCCCUAGGCAGUCUUCUGCAUACUUAUGGAUUUAUGGUAUUUAUCUCCCUCUACUUUGUACACAAUUCUAUUUUAAUACUGCAUUUUCCUUUCCAGUUGAACUAUACUUAACGCAGUAGAAUUUUAAGAAAAAAAAAUUCUUCCUAGUAUUUAUGAUAGCUACUGCUCCAGUUAAUUUGGUUAAAUAGAAUUUCUGGAACAGUAGUUAUGAUUUUCUAAGAUACUGUAUCAUCGCCUUUCUUAAUUUCUUAUGCUACUUAUAUAAUAUGGAUCACCACACAAUGUAAAUCCCCAUUAUAUACUUGAUGUUGAUGGUUUCUGGUCAGUUGAUAUAUGCCAGGUUUUUUCAGAAAUCAUACCAGCUUUGAGAUUCCUGAGCAACUAUGCUGUAUAUUCUUCUUUAGCCAUUAAUUGAAUUUUGAAAAGGAAUUUGAUAUAUUUCUAAUUUCUUUUUUCAUGGUAAAUCAGGGCAUAAAUCAUCUAUUCUCUACAAUCCUGAAUGGUGUCAACUGUGCUUGUUCUUUGUUAAUAAAUAUUUCAAGUUAUCUUAAACUAUGCUUAGAUAUUUUUAUAUAUCUCAAACAAAUGGAUAAUAGACCAAUAGUUAGAUGGUUCUCCUCUACAAUCUUACUUCUUGUUUUUUCCAGAGUUUUAUAUUGGAUCUCCUCUACCCCAUUAGAUUCCUUUAACUUUGAUCUGUCUGCCUAGCAAGGACUCUAAACAAUAGCAUUCUCCUUGAUUUAGAUUUUAGCCCAUCAGAGGCUGUGUACUUUUUGAAGAAAAGGAAAUUCACUUAAACAGAGUGGUUUGCACAUUAAAUAUUAGCUCAUAAGAAUGAGUUCUGCAGGACUUUCCAGCUCUAGGAUUCCGUGUGUAUAAUGGCAGAAUGAAAACAACAGAUUGUAAUUGUAUGAAUGUCAUCUGUGUUAUGUCAAAGAGAAAAACAACUUCGUCCUGAAUCAGAUCAAAUAGAACAGUCCAAAAAAUUUUAAUAGAGGUGAAAACUUAGCCAAUUAAUUGAAUUGGUUAGAUAUUAUUUUUCAGUGGUUAGAUAACACAUACUGAAAUUAAAUUUUCUAAAAAAAUAUUAAUUAGUACCUUCCCAAGGGCUUUUUUUUUUAAACGUUUACUUAUUAUUUUUAAGAGACAGAAGGAGACAGAGCAUGAGCAGGGGAGGGGGAGAGAGAGGGAGGGAGACACAGAAUCUGAAACAGGCUCCCGGCUCUGAGCUGUCAGGACAGAGCCCAAAGUGGGGCUCAAACCCAUGAAUUGUAAGAUCAUGACCUGAGCCUAUCAGACGCUUAACUGACUGAGCCACCCAGGCGCCCCAUUCCCAAGGGCUUUUGAAUCCCAUCAGGUUUAUUUUAUUUUUUGGAGUCUUUUGCAAUAUGGCACAUCUGUGCUGAGGGGUCUGCACAGAGUCAUGUGUGAUAUCCCCACUAUAAUAUUUCUGUGUGGGGUUUCUCACAUAUUGACCUGCCCCCUGACAAAACAGGAGGUCAUGGUAACUAAGAAACCAGUGAUUUUGCCCUGAACACAGAUAGAGGAAAGCAGAUUUUUCCGUCAGUGGAUCAGCCUUUUUCCAAUUUUUAGUGGAGAACUUCUCUGUAAAUUAUUCAGGAACAAACUGAGCCUUGGUCAAUGCAAAACCAAAAAUAUCAAUGAAUUAUUUUUUUAAGACUUGAAAAGAGCGGCCGCUUUCCUGCAUUCAGGAAAAUAUGUCCAUCUUCUUGUAAUUUAUAUGCAGUUGCAGGGAAUUGCCUAGAGUGUUUCAUUAGCAACAUGUUGUCCCCUGCAGGGGCAAUAAUUCACCUAGUACACUCUUAUCCUCUUCCUAAGCAAAUCUGGGGAUGAAUAACAAUAAUGAUUUUUAUUUUCAUUUCAGUCUUUAGAAAUCCUCCUUUAUUCCUACUCUGCUCUAGUUCUCUGGAAUGAUGAAUGAUGACCAUUUAUAACCUAGCAUACUGAAAGUGUCAUGAUCUCAUCGUUCAUGGGUUUGAAUCCUGCGCCAGGCUCGGUGCUGGCAGAGUGGAGCCUGCUUGGGAUUUUCUCUCUCCCUCUGUCUCUCUGCCCCUGGCCCACUCACUCAUGCGUUCUCGGUCUCUCAAAAAAAAAAAAAGAUUAGAGAAAAAGAAACGCAAAUUCCCAGGCACCAUCCUAGUCCUGCUGAGUAAGAAACUCCAGGCCCUUCUGAGUUUUAUAAGCCCUCCAACUGAUUUUGAUAAUCGUUUGCAUAAGAACCACAAUUCUUGCUCUGCAGUACUGAUACACCUUCACUUCCUGUUCACUCUUCCUCCCACAGACCCUUUAGCCUCAUUUCUUCCUCAGAGCUUGGUCCUGGCUCCUUCAACCUCCCUCUUUGCAUUCUUCCCCCGAGGAGAUCUCACUCAUCCCUUAGUGGGAUCUCACCCAUUUCUAAAAGAAAAAAUCUAUUGACAUGGAGUGAUCAUUACCUAAUAGCAAUAGCCUCUUCUGGACUUCUCAGUAAAUGCCAAAUCUCACCUCAGUGGCCUGUUCUUUUCAGAAGUUUCUUUAAUGCUGAAUGGACUCAUAUUAAACCUCUUAUCUGAUGGUAAUAAAAGUUAACCCUUGUUGAGCAAUUAAUAUGUACUGUCCCAAACAUAUGUGUAUAUUAUGUCAUUUAAUCCUCACUACAACUCUAUGAGGCAAGUAACAUUAAUAAUCCAUUUUCCAGGUAAGCAAAUUGAGGCACAAAGUAGCUAAGCGAGAGCUCAAGGUCAUACAGGCAAGAAGUAGUAGAGAGUGUAUUAAAAGCCACAUGGUCUAAGAGAUGAUUGUUACUCAGCAAGUAAGAAAAACCUAGUCUUAUAAAGCAAACAGGAAAUUAAGCACUUUUCCUUCUGCCAUAUGAAGACCAUAAUGGAAUUUUUCCUAAAAGAUUGUCUUAAAAAGCAGGAGAUGCACCUUAAAAUUUAUGUAUUCUAAAUUGGGGGUGGGGGGGGGGAAUUCCCCCAGGCAGUGACCUUUAUUACUAAGAUUUGAUUUGGAAGCCAAUUUUUAUAGCUCAGUUAAAAACUGCUAAACCCAGUCACUUAUAUAAUAGAAAUGCUGACGUGACCUUAAUUCUAGAGGUGCAAAGGGUAUAAUUGAAUUUAAGAACAAUGUACCUCAUCCAUUAAGUCAUUAAAUAGAUCGUAAUAAUCUGACACAUUUGGUAAGUACUACAUGAAAGUGGUUAACAAUGGUAUGCAAAUAAAAUGAGCUUACACGAUUAGCUGCUGUAUUUUCGGUUGUGUUUGCCAAAUAUAACAUUAAAUUACAAUACAGUCAUUUAGAAAAUGUUAUGGCAAUAUAUUUUAAAUGUUCCUGAACAUGAUGCCAACAUAAAGAAAGGGAAUGUUAGAAUCUCCAGGAUAUUGCCCAGUGCCUGUGUGUAAUUCAGAUAGCUUUAUAUUUACAGUUAAUAGAAUUAAACUUAAUCAGGAAUACAUCCUUUUGAACCAAACUUCUGGAGUUGCCCUGGUGAGAUAGUGUAUCUGAUUGAAAAGUAUAUAUAAAGAUGCCAACUAAAUGCUAAAGUCAGAUCAUUCCUCCCCAUAGAUGAAUAUUUGGCACUGCUGAGAAAAAAACAUCCAGAUGUUUGGCAUCAUAUAGCCAAAUACCUAAAUCCAAGUGAAAUCAUGAGUUAAACACACACUUAGGGAAUUGAAUCAAUGGAGACAUCCAGUGAGGCUUAUUUUAGCUCAAACAAAAUAAAACAAAGCCAAAACAAAAUUUCUUGAGGGCAGGGCUAGAAAUCUGAAUUUUCAAUUCAUAUUGUCUCAAUUCUUCAUUUAAUCUGACUAUUUAUAGGACCAGUAAUGAAGCUCGCUAAUCAUUUCAGUGUAAUAGAGAAUCCAGUAGAGCAAAACACUGGGCUUCAGAACUCUGACAAUUAUUUUAAUCAGAUCUUCUGUUUUAUUUCCUUAUGCAAAUGCUAAUAUAACAAAUAAGAGUUAGUAAAUAAUAGUAUAUCUAAUAAAUUAUCCAGGUUCUUACCUGCUGGUCACAAUAAUUGCUAAUAUAUUCAAAUGCCUUAUGUUAUAUUUAUGCAUGGGCAACAAGCCAUGGAAAUGAAUAUACGCGUUUAUAUAAGAGAUACAUAACAUGGUGACAUAAAAAUCAAAAAGGUCAAAAAUCGCUGUCCUAGUAAAAGAAAUAAAAAUAAUUAAGGGUUUAAAUUGAAUAUAAGUGACUCAAUUAGUAGAAUAGAUCAAUUACAAAAAUGACUCCUAUUUUCCCCCUUCUUACUACAUGUCUGUACAUCUCUUCCCAUCAUGAUGUGGCAUUUAUUUGUCCCACCUCUUGAACUGAACUGUCCUGCAACUUGACCUCUAGAAUGUGGUUGAUAUGAGGGGGUGUCACAGUUAACGGAGGCCUCAAGAGACAUUAUGCACCCUCACUUACUCUCUUGUUCCUGUUCCUUUGCCCUGAGAAUAACUCUGAGCUAGCCUGCUGAAGAAUGAGAGAUCCUGUGAAAAAGAGCCAAAUCGUCCCCACUGGAGACAUCCUAACCCACCAGUUUAGCACAGAUGCAUAAGCAAGACCAAGAAGAGCUGAGCCUGGCACAGACCAGCACAAUCCACCCCGCUGAUGGCAACUCUACAGAGUAGGUCAUAUCAUCAUCACUAUCUCUGUCCCUAUUUUAACAGAUGAAGAAACUGAGGCAUGGAGAGGCUCUGGCACUUAAAAGGGGCAAUGAAUAUGAAGGAGGAGAAGGAGAUGUGAGAAUCAACUGGAAUCUGGAGGGUAAGCUUCUACACAGCUACAAGGAUGGACUGGAAUCGGAAAGACUGUCAGUCUCUCAUCACUUCCAAUCCUCCAACUUGGAUGAGGGCAUGUGUCCCACAGGAGAAGCUGAUGCCCUUAGUCAUGGGACUGAAUAUGCUCUUGGCCCAGGACUUCGAGAAGCUGAAGGGUAAAAUUUGGCAGGAGCUGAAGGAGCUGUGGGCCAGAUGUUGCCCCAGGCCAGGAGGAGCCCCUGGCCUCCUACCAGUUCCUGAAUCACAGCGAGAUCAUGCCUGUCUGAGGACCUUUGCACCAGCUGGAUCAAUUGCUUGCAACACCCUUCCCAUUGACGGAUCUUCAUAUCACUAGCUCUUUCUUAUUAUUCAGGUUUCAGCUCGAUGUCAUCUCUUCGAUGCAAUUUUGGAGUGGUGGUGGGGCUCUAGAGCCGAUGGCGAAGAAAGAAUUCUUGAGACAUCUUUGGAGCAAAAAGAGUGAGAGUGCGAGCAUAAGGGCAGAGAGAGGGGGGACAGAGGAUCUGAAGUAGGCUCUGUGCUGACAGCAGUGAGCCUAACGUGGGGCUCGAACUCAAGGACCCUGAGAUCAUGACCUGAGCCAAAGUCAGAUGCUCAACCAACUGAGCCACCCCGGUGCCCCAAGGUUAAGUAACUUUUGAGGACAUAUACUAGUAAGUUGCAGAGACAUCUGUGGAGUUUAAGAACAUGGAGUUCAUCAGAGUGUAUCACUGAAGAAUAUGAUGGCUGAAAACAAUUUAAAAAUGCUAAAGAUUCAACAGUGUGUAGUAGCCAACAAACUACCUAGAAACAGGCCAUAUAUUUGCAAUAUUUGCUUCAAGCACUUUGAAACGCCAUCAAAAUUAGCUAGGCAUUAUCUCAUUCAUACUGGUCAAAAGCCAUUUGAAUGUGAUGUGUGUCAUAAAACUUUUAGACAACUGGUUCAUCUGGAGAGACAUCAACUAACUCAUAAUCUGCCUUUUAAAUGUAGCAUUUGUCAACGCCACUUUAAAAAUCUGAAGACGUUUGUGAAGCACCAACAACUUCACAAUGAAACCUACCAGAAUGACGUUAAACAGGUCAGAAGAUUGCUGGAGGCCAAGCAAGAAAAGCCGGUAUAUGGGAUGUAUCAUACUUUUACCACAGAGGAAAGAUGGGCAUUACACCCGUGCUCUAAAUCUGAUCCUGCAUACAGCCCUACAAAGAAAAGAAAGAAUAUUCAUGCAUGUACGAUCUGUGGCAAGAUGUUUCCAUCACAAUCAAAACUUGAUAGGCAUGCACUUAUUCAUACUGGUCAGAGGCCUUUUAAGUGUGUCCUGUGCAGUAAGUCUUUCCGACAGUCAACUCAUUUAAAAAUUCAUCAACUCACGCAUUCAGAAGAAAGGCCUUUUCAAUGUUGUUUUUGUCAAAAAGGAUUUAAGAUUCAAAGCAAACUUCUGAAGCAUAAACAAAUCCAUACCAGGAAUAAGACCUUUCAGACUCUUUCAUUAAAGGUGAAGAGUCCAGAAUCAUGCCCGCUGCCUAAUAAAUUAAAUGCAAAGCAGGAUAGUUUGGAAAAUGGUGAUUUAGGUGAAUCUGAGGAGAAUAAUCCACUUGAUGUCCACUCUAUUUAUAUCGUCCCUUUUCAGUGUCCAGAGUGUGAAGAGUGUUUUGAAUCAGAGCAGAUUCUCAAUGGACAUAAGUGUUUUCCUGCCAGAGGUGGCAAAAUGCCAAGCAGGCUCAAAAGAAGCUACAACUAUAAAACCGUUGUUAAAAAAAUCUUGGCUAAACUUAAACGUGCUGGGGGUAAGAAAUUAGAUAAUCUUCGAUCUGAGAAAAAAGUAUUUAAAAACAAUUUCUUGGAAAAUUGUGAUCUUAUUUCCAGUGAGCAGAGCCCUGAACAAACCCAGAGAACAUUUAUGGGCCCUCUUGGCAAGCAUGGAACAUACAAGACAGUUGGCAAUAAAAAGAAGAAAACAUUGACUUUGCCAUUUUCUUGGCAAAAACACUUCCAGAACCAAAAUGUGGGUAAAAACUUGAAAGGUAUCCUUACGACAGAAAACAUGUUAACUAUAGAUAAUUCAGCGAAUAAUAAAGACGUAUCUAUCUACGGUUCAUCAGGUGAGGAAUUCUUUAAUAACUGUGAAGUGCUUCAGUGUGGUUUUUCAGUUCCAAGUGAAAACCUACAUACUGGACAUAAGAUGUGUCCUUGUGACAAAUGUGAGAAAGUGUUCCCUUCUAUAUCCAAACUACAAAGACACUAUUUAAUUCAUACUGGACAGAGGCCUUUUGGCUGUAAUGUUUGUGGGAAAUCUUUUAGACAGUCAGCUCAUUUAAAAAGACACAAAUUAACUCAUAUUGAUAAGAUUCCUUAUAGACGAUCUCUUUGCCAAGUAGAAUUUGAAAAUUUGAACCAACUUCUCAUUCAUCCAGGUGAUAAUAUUAACUAUAAUGCUUCCCAACAAUGUCAGACUCCCGGUUUCCAAAAAUAUGAGGCCUCAGAGUCAGAUCAAAUAUCAGAAAUAAAAGUUAAGGCAGAAUCGGAGGAUUUCAUUCUUAGUCCCCCCUAUAGGAACAGGCAGCCCUAUCUCUCUAGUGUACUUUUGCAGUCAGAGCAGAGCCAUCACGGUCACUGUUGUGGUUAUUCAGGGCGGGCGGAGAGGAAUGAUGGCCUUCUCUACCAAUGCAGCGUUUGUUCCAAGAGUUUUAGAUCUCCAUCUAAACUGGAAAGACACUAUCUAAUUCACGCAGGGCAGAAGCCAUUUGAAUGCUCAGUCUGUGGCAAAACAUUCAGACAGGCUCCUCAUUGGAAGAGACAUCAACUUACUCAUUUUAAGGAGUGACUAACCACAAGAGAAAGUGGUUCUCAAAGUCAGUUAUGUAACUGACAGAACCAGUAACACAUUCGUAGUCUCUGAUAAUCUUGGUCUUAAAGCUUGUAUCAUUUAAAAUGUAUUUUUACCAAAAGGCCUUCACUAGGUUGGGUGAUUUCAUAGGCAGUUGCUUGUUCUGCAUAGUAGGAAGCAAGAUACAGUACAUAGAAAAUUAAUAGGAUGUUUUAGGAACAGCCAAAUUAAAUUUAGGGGGAAGAACAUGGUUUGAUGCCACACAGUAAGCAUUUAUUUUAUUUUAAUAUAUACUUUGGCUGUACUGAAAAUAUAAAUCCAAGAUGUGGUACAAUAACUCAGUUCAUUCAUUUUUCUUUAAAGGACUUAUUCCUUAAGGCAUGCCAUCUCUUUAAGACUGAGAGGUAAAAAUUGGUUUUUAGCUGCAGCAAAUAGCCCCACUACAUUUUACUUGUUUUAUAUUUCACACGAAAGCAUAAUUUUGUCCACCUAUGGCUCAAAUUCCAUUGCAAAAUUUUUUUCUCUUGUAAGUAAAAAAUACAAAAGCAGUAAAAGUGAAGAUGGAUGAGAAAAUCACAGUAUUAUUUUCAUUGGUCUUUUGCAAGCUAUUCUUAGGAUUCUGGUAGCUUCACCUCCUUUUCCACAAGUGAUUAGAAUUGGUUUUUUGCCCAGCUUGCUGUUUUUCCCAAAUUUAAAAGUAGGAGAGAAGUUAGUAUGGCCCUGUAUACAUUUACCAUGUUUACUUAUCAGGAAUAUUGUCCAAGUGCCAUAAUCUCUUUGAUGUUCUGUAUGCAGUGUUAUCUUUUCAGAGGAAUAAAUGCAAUUCAUCUAUUUACUUGGUGAUUGACAUCAGUAGCUAGAGACUUAAGACUCCCCUCUAGAUCUGCAUCUCCCUAAGACUUUGAUUUACUUUAGUAAAACUUUGUUUUAAUGCCUCAUGCAUUGGGUGGUCAUAUGACUUAAGUAAAUCUGUUAAGUUUGAUCAAAUGGCAAUGACUAGGUCUAGUUCUAGUUUAUUUUCUUUUUAAUUUUUUUUAAUGUUUAUUUAUUUUUGAGAGAGAGUGAGAGCAUGAGUGGAGGAGGGGCAGAGAGAGAGAUAGAGACACAGAAUCUGAAGCAGGCUCCAGGCUCUGAGCUGUCAGCACAGAGCCCAACGCAGGACUCAAAACUAUGAACCGUGAGAUCAUGACCUGAGCCAAAGUCAGAGGCUUAACCAGCUAAGCCACCCAGAUGCCCCAGGUCUAGUUCUAGUUUUUAAGUCUAUGUUUCUUGCAAGAGUCUAAUGCUAAAGAACAUUAUUUUGAUAAUUCAUAAAUUGUUUUGAUAAGUAAGGUAAUUAUUCCCAUAUAGGAAUAAAGUGCUUGCAGAAUUGAGGGUAUCCUUUUUCUAAACAGCACUGUCAUUAUUUGGGAAAUAUUGAAUCUUAAGCUAUAAAAGACUUACACAAUCACAAAUUGUCCUUCAUAUUUGCCAUUUUUUAGUAAAAUCUUUAAGAAUGAGAUUUCUUAGUAAUUAAAGAAAAUAACCAUUAGCUUUCUAAAAGAACAGGUGGCUUUGUCCUAUCACAAAUAUAGUGGCAAGCCCUCUAUUGAGAAUGGAUAAAUGAACAUUCUUUGUAAGCUCUGUGUCGUACUCUAAAAAUUGUCUUUGUGUAGCAGGAGAGAGGAGGGGACAUUGGUAUCUUCUUUUCCAAAUGCAUUUUGAGAACCUUGGAUUUAAUACACAGAGAUAAAACAACAGUACAGAGAAUGCUCAGUGAUGUAUAAAUGUGCAGGAGAAUCAUAUUUUAAAGAAUAAUUUAUCUUAGAUUUCCUUCAGAUAUGUUCCUCCAGUGCAGGCAACAUGAUGGUUUACAGAAUUUGCUGUACACAAAACUUUUCAAGAACAUACCUAUUGCAUAAAAACAAGGAAUAACUAGUUCCUAUUUUCCAAGAAUAUAGGUUCAAGGGGUUUUCGUCUGAAGUUAUGUAAUUUGGGAUUUUCCAAAACUAUUUAUGUAAUUUUAUUUGAAGUAAAUGUCUCAUUUAGUCCUUUCCCAACCCAAACAGGGAGAGUUCUAAUAGUGUUGUGCUUGUAUGAUUAUUAGACUUUCUUUACUUAAGUGAUAACUACUAUACUUUUUUUUGGCCCAUGCCUUUUUAAGCUGUUUCAUAUUGAAAGUUGGAAUAUUGUACAAAUUUUGUCAAAGAUGUACUGUAGUGCUAUUCGAAGUACCUGUAACAAAAUACUUAUUUACCUUUAUCAUUGCAAGCUUCUUGUGGAAACUUUAUAGGAAUGAAAGUAAACUGUAUACAUCCAUAAGAAGAUUAAACAUUAGAUGUUACAUGAUUUGCUGCAUGCUAGAACUGUUGGUAUUGUUGAAUCAGUCACUUUGGUUUUCUGAAAAAAUAAACUUUAUAAAUAUCUUUAAGGAGAUUUAUUAAAUUUUUUUUGUUUCAGUGAUUCCAGGCUAUAGCCUGAUUACUUCCUGAAGUAGUUUGAUUGGCUGAGUUAGUGGAAUUACUGUUUCUUGUUUUGUACUGCAGUAGGACCAACAAUUUUAGGACAAAAUGUGUGUGUGUUGAAGGAAAGUAGAUGGUGAUUAAGAGUCUUGGAGAAUUCAAAUUUCAGAAUAUUUUAAAAAUAAACUUUCAAAUUAUA